UCAUGUCCAUGUCCUCAUACAUUCAGCCAGUAACAUGAGAUAGUAGGGUUCACUGUCCCUCGCAGCGCCCGCCGUAUCUCGGUAGUGGCGGGAAGUAUUUAUGUCUCUGUCUCAUUAAGCUUUGAUGGACGGUCCAUCAUCUGGGAAUCAUCCCCUGGGACCCGUAUUUUAUCCCCGUUGCUCCUUGUGCGGGAUGGCCGCACACGGCUGCGUUCGACAAACACGCCAUAGCAGAUCAGGAUCAGGCAUGCGGGCCAGGCUUGGUUUUGUGAAGCAUCGAUUAUCCAAUGCAAGGCCGAAGCACCCUCAUUUCAUACACCCGUGGAUGUCGUCGUGCCUCUGGGCCGUGAUAGGAGCGAUGUGGACUAAAUGUCAUUCCCGCCUCAAUUCACCCUCUUUUGGGUUACCAGGUUUUAUCCAUGGAUUAGAAGCAGUCUGCCUGCUCAGGAAAACGGGAGGUAACUCAGUUGAGAGCGGGAGUAGGUGGAUAUGACAUGGCUAAAGCCAGCUUCUCUCCGUUCUUCAGAGUAGUUUUGACCUGCCGCAAACCCGCAAGUCAGGCAUCAAUUCAAGGGAGACAACGAGAACGAUGAGCUAGCCCAUCUGGAGAUCCGGAGGUGCAAUUCUUCCAUCAGCUAUCGGAGCAACUCCUUUCGGCUAGGCUGUCUCUCUCUCACUCUCUACUCUACUACUUGACGCUGCCCCACGGUCUCCACAGCCAGCGGAAGUUAUUUGAUAGAUUUAACGCAGAGAGCAAUGUGUCGUCGUGAUUCGAUUCCUCUACACAGAGAUUUCUGAGAACAGCCACACUCAUAUGCAGCACUGGGGGAGAGUACACGUAUAAACGAGUUCGCAUCGAUCAAGAGGACGAAAAUGGCGGCAGCGCUCUCUCAGAAACUCAGCGCUAGAUCUCAAGCGCAGGGAUAUCAUCGCGCUAAGUCCAACACCAACCGUGGCGGAACCAGUCGGAGUAAUCUCCGCCAAGGAGGCAUCGAUAUCCCAAGCUGGGUGCAUGAACAGUGUGACAUUCUUCUCUCGAGUCCGAAUCCGCAAUGAUGCAUACCACCUCCACAGGCUCGUCCCAACCCGCUGCGGUAGGUAGCCAAUCUGAGCAACUCCCCUUUAGGUGUGCACCUCCAGCACGGCCCAAACGCAGGCAGGUUGCGAGAGCCUGCGACUGGUGCCGCCUACACCGGGUCAGAUGUGACAAUGACCGCCCGUGUGCCAACUGCCGUGGUAGAGGGGAGAAAUGUACCAGCAACGGGGAGAGUGAGAUGCGGACGCUGCCUCACGCUCUUAGGGAAAUCGAGAAAUUAAAACGGCGCAUUAAAGACCUAGAACGGCAACUUGAGGAUACCAAGCAGCCCGAAACCAAGGAAGUUGUACUUCCCCCGAGCCCACCACAGUCGUUGACGGCGUACACACCCGAGGGACUCGAUGCUCUUAAGCCAGGCAGGCCCGAGAGGAGGUACUGGGAAGGAAUCCAUGCGAGGACGGCCAAGUCUCAGCAGACUCAGUUUUAUGGCCCUUCAUCUCUGUGCUACUACAUUGGUCGCCUAAGUUCUUACCUGGCCACGGCUCUCCAGCAGCCGCAUCUGGAUCAUCACUUUCACCCCAAUUCCGCGAGCAGGUCCUUUGCGUGCCCCACUAGUUCAAAGAACGAACCUAUCGAAGAGAAUCUUUUAUCCGCCGAUAUACCGAUAGAUGGUGACGAUCUGACAGGAACGCAGGAAGAUUACUUCUUAAAUCUAUUUUGGCAGUCGUAUCAUUCUACGCUGCCAAUUCUGGAUGAAAGAGAGUUUAGAGAGUACUACAAGUCUCUCUGGGACACUCCCGGGAAACCUCGAAGACCAUCAGCACUGGUUGAUAUUAUCCUUGCUAUAACUAUGCAAUAUGGCGUUGCGACUUUGCCGCGGCCUGAUGCAAACACUACAUCAAAGACGGAUGUCGAUAGCAACGAUGCGACAAUCGCAGGCCGAUGGUUUUAUAGACGAUGUCAAGCCUUACUUGCUCCCGAGCUUGAAAGCCCCUCGAUAUCUACUCUGCAAUGCCACAUGUUCUCCCUCUUCUUCCUUUGCAAUGCGUCAUUCCAAAACAUGGCGCAUAGCACCUUGGCUGUCGCUGUUCGGACAGCUCAUAUUCUAGGAAUCCACACGGAACCCUCAGAGGAUAUGCCGCGACCGCAAAGGGAGUUGCGGAAACGAUUGUGGUGGACGUUGUAUGCCACAGAAAGCAAAACAUGCAUGAAGCUCGGACGGCCGUUCUACGCCCAACUCUCCCAGGCCACUGCCAGUUUACCAGCUGACGAUCAUGAGCUAGCGUUACAUUCCGGCUCUAACUUUGGCUCCUUUGGCGAAGACAUCACAUGGCUUACCCACGGCCUACAUCAUAUUAAACUGUUAAUCACCACCCGUACCAUCUACACGGCAUUUUAUCACCAUUGCUCUGAAAUCCUUGGUAGAAAUGACGGGAAGAGCCUAUACAAUGAUCCAGAAGGCCUGGAGAACGCAGCCGAAUUCCUUUCGUUAAAUAUGCAGGCUCUCCAGCAAUGGCUAGCCAACGUGCCAGAGGCGUUGAAAAUGAAACGACAAGGGAAUGGAGAGCGUUUCUCUACCGACAGAUCACCGGUAGAAGUAGAGCGAUUUGCACCUCAGUGGUUGAAGCGGCAACAGGUGCUUCUGGAGCUUUUAUACCAUAACCUCUCCAUGAACCUGUAUCGCCCGUUUAUCUGCUUUUCUCCAAUCUCCAGACCCAACGCUGAAAGCAACGCCAUUUCCUGCGUCAAACAUGCAAUGGCAAUCACUCAUAUUAUCCACCAAAUCCUCAACGAAUCCGACAUUCUCCCCGGCUGGCAUGAAGCAUAUCAGUGGCAGUGGAACGCCUCACUCUCCCUAAUCGGAUUCAUCCUGGCCCACCCUAAUACCCCCUUGACACCGAUCGCGCGCAACGCAAUCAACAAGGCCAUCACCGUCUUCGAGACCUUCGGCAACCACUUCGCCAUCGCCGCGAGCGCCGCAAACGUCACGCACAGCCUCAUCGCUAAGAUUGAUAUACUCCUCAAUCACUCCCAGAGCGGCACCAAGUCCAGCCAGGCCUCUUCUUAUAUAUCUGAGAUCGCCAGUGCCAACCCGCUUCAGAAUCGUAGCAUCGGGACGCAAAUGACCAACGGCAGUGGCGGCAGUCUUUGUGGCCAGCUGGAGGACCAGACUAUGCAGGAUUCCAUCGCGAAUUCCCUUGGUAUUGCGUUUACGAUGGAUUCGCUGAAUAUCUUCCAGCCUUAUUGGGAUAACGGGGGUGUGAUGGAUUACUGGACGUAUACACAAGACUAGCAGUUGGACACAUAUGAUGACUAUUUAAGAUACACGGUAUCUAUUGCUGAAUGGUGUGGAAGUUUGUGUUAAACAAAAUUGAUAAAUAAAAUAAAAUGCGUUCAAGAGUUUGCUAGUCGUCGAUUUCUCGCACUGUUUGUUUCUUGAGUUUCAAAUUGUCCCGUCGUCUGUCAGCCCUGUUUCCUGCCAAACGGUUUUAUUAUAUUUAAAUUGGCGCAGAUUUUGCGCAGGAAACCGGCAUCCUGUUUGUUGCACGAACGCCCGUUUUCGGCCAGUUCCUCAAUCAGACAGGGUUGGUGUGCCAUUACCUUGAAAUGAUUUAAGUGCAACAAGGGAUAUCUAAGCAUUGAUGGAUGAUAUCCGAAGUCGAGACCAAGAUGAUCUGCUAUUGCUACACAUCUAAUCUCCGAUACUGUUUUUUUUCUUUCUUUUUCUUUUUCUCUUUCUUUUGAUACUAUGCUAUACCCUUGAUAUGUAGGUACCUACCCGAAUGUCAUUCGCUCACGAAUGGCACCAAUUACCCCAUUUUAUUUUCUAUUUGGAUCUAACUUAACCCAAAGAUGAGCAUUGGAGGGGGAAAACAGCAGAGCCCACCUUUACCACUUCGUCGAAUUCGUUCUUAGGGAUGGAAAAGGGGUCUCGCUUUAUUCGAGUCAGUGAGAACGCAAGUCUGCUCUCUUUAUUUGCUUUUUAUGAUUUUCAUAUGAAAAAUCUCCAGCUUGCGCCAAAUAGCCCCUGAUAAUACCUUCUCCAGGUGGCAAAAACGCGGGGAUAUAUAUUCUGCUAGAAGCCAUUUGCUGUGUUUUCGUGCUGUUAUUGUUCGUGUUGCCUAUGUCUUUGGUUAUGAUGUGGUAUAAAUCUUUGACUUCAUGCUCGCUAUAUAAUUUCGUACUGAGUAAAUAACUCGAUUUCACUUUUUGAAAUAACAAUUUGCUACGUUUCUAAUAUCGUUGGAUGGAUUUGUUUACUGUAAUCAAAAUUUAUUUUCAGCGGUAAUAUGUAUAAGACCUAGCAAAUAUUCUUCCAUCCGAGUUAAUACUUAUAUUUAUUUCCCC